AUGAAAGAAACCGAGGAUAAAUCACCCACGGCCUUUUUGGAUAUGAUGUGGGUGCCAGUGCAGUUUUACAGGAGCAUUGGAGAGGAUAUCUACGCCCAUCGCUCCACAAAUCCAUUAAAAACCCUACUUCUCAAGAUUUACCUAUAUACGGGAUUUAUUAACUUCAAUCUACUGGUGAUUGGAGAACUGGUGUUCUUCUUCAAAUCGCUACAGGAUUUCGAAACCAUUCGAUUGGCGAUUGCCGUGGCUCCUUGUAUUGGAUUUUCCCUGGUUUCUGAUUUCAAACAAAUUGCGAUGACAAAUGGAAAGAAAUCCUUGAUAAGGCUGUUGGAGGAUCUAGAGGAUAUGCAUCCGAAAACUUUGGAGAAACAGAAGGAAUACAAAUUGUCGGAUUUCGAGAAGACCAUGAGGCGUGUGAUAAAUAUUUUCACAUUUCUCUGCUUGGCAUACACAACAACUUUUUCUUUUUAUCCGGCUAUCAAGGCCACGGUUAAAUAUAAUUUGAUGGGUUACGAAACCUUUGAUCGCAAUUUCGGUUUCCUCAUCUGGUUUCCCUUCGAUGCGACUAGCAAUAAUUGGAUUUACUGGAUCACUUACUGGGAUAUAGCCCAUGGGGCAUAUCUUGCGGGUAUAGCUUUCCUCUGCGCCGAUCUUUUGCUGGUGGUAGUUAUCACCCAGAUUUGUAUGCACUUCAACUAUAUAUCCAUGCGAUUGGAAACCCAUCCCUGUGAAUCGGAAAAGGACAAAGAAAACAAAGAGUUUCUCAUUGGAAUGAUUAGAUAUCAUGACAAGUGCUUAAAACUCUGCGAACAUGUCAACGAUCUGUACAGCUUUUCCCUUCUGCUUAAUUUUCUCAUGGCUUCGAUGCAAAUCUGUUUCAUAGCCUUUCAGGUCACAGAAUCAACCGUAGAAGUCAUUAUAAUUUACUGCAUAUUCCUAAUGACCUCUAUGGUUCAAGUGUUUUUGGUUUGCUACUAUGGAGACUUAUUGAUCGCUGCGAGCUUGAAAGUCGGCGAUGCUGCCUACAACCAAAAGUGGUUUCAAUGCAGCAAAUCUUAUUGCGGCAUGUUGAAGCUACUAAUUAUGAGAAGUCAGAAGCCAGCUUCAAUUAGACCCCCAACUUUUCCACCCAUUUCUUUGGUUACCUAUAUGAAGGUCAUCAGCAUGUCGUAUCAGUUCUUUGCCCUGCUGCGAACUACAUACAGUGAUAAUUGAAUAUGC